GGACCUUGAAACGCUACCGUCAACCUACUUGCGAUCGCUUACAGUCUAACGCGAAUAUCACUCCGAGUUCUCAGUUGAACGCACAACUCCCACCUUUUGAACUUGCUCGGGUAGCGACCCCGCAAUAAUGAGCUCCCAUGUCGUAGUUCUCGACUCAACAGCUCGAAGAGCCACAAUCAAAACGACCCCUGGAAAAUAUCUGACAGAUAUUCUACAAGAGGCGUGCAAGAAGUUCGGUCUGGAUGCCAGUCAGUAUGGAUUGAAGCAUAAAAGUAAACAGCUCGAUCUGUCGCUAGCAUUUCGACUUACUGGACUCUCUCCCGGCGCGAAAUUAGAGCUUGUACAACUUUCUCGUUCUCCCUCCAUCGUCACGGUUGCGCUACAACUUCCCCCGUCAGAAGCCCGAGGGGCGCCAAAUGGUCGGCUUAUGGACAAAUUUCCUAGCACAACCAGUAUAUGGAUGCUUCUCCGCAAGUUUGAGGCAGGAGUCGCCGGCAGUGCAUCCAUACGCAAUCUCACCGGGCGAGGGGUUCCCGUCACCGAUGGACAAGGGUCUGGACGAUUGUUCUACGAAACUCCUGUUGUACAAAUAUUAGACCGCGAGUUAUCAACGUUACCAGAUUUCCAAAAGUCGUUGGCGCAGUACGGGUUCAAUAGCGGCAAUGUUCUCGUGCGAUUGAGCUUUCGUCGGACAAGCCAGCCAUUGGAGGAAGCGAUGACGAAGAUUCACGAAUACUUCAAGUCAUCCGAGGAUGAAAUCGCAACAGAACAAACAUCUACACCAAAGUCUGAAGAAAUCAACAAAGAGAACGAUUCUUCCGCUGUCCAAUCGCCAGCGCCUGUCUCCAAUGGCAGCCAAGGUGACCCUGUUCCCGCAACACAACCCACGAACGGCCCGUCGGGUCCAGGCUUAGUUAGUCCUCCUCAGCAGUCUGAGCCCUCAGCCGAUUCAGCCGAUCUUUCUCGACCUGUGACCGUCUAUGCUCCCCCAUCUAGCGAUACCCCUCAGUCGGCGCAAAUCGCAUACAACGAUGACGACUACGUACCCUCCGUUGAACAUGCCCAGAUACACCAACGGCGGCUUCAAGCUUCAAGCAAGAACACUCGCCUUCGGUCAGACGCAGAAAUUGCGGCUGCGGCGAAAGCGGAGGAGGAACGUCGAGCGGCCGUCAAAGAAGUGGAAGUAAAGAUUCGACUUCCAGACCAAAGCCAAAUAGUCUCCAAAUUCGGACAACAAGACACUGGCAAGACCCUCUAUGCAUUUGUCCGCAGCUGCCUCGCACCACAAUAUGCCACAGAGAAAUUCACCCUCACAAACUUCUCCGGCCCGGCCGCUCCAAAAUCCCACCAAUCCAAUGUGCCUUUCCAAACCGUUCUUCCCGAUUCCGAAGACGGCCUCCUCAUAAAAAACCACGGCAUGACCGGCCGUGUUCUAAUCAACUUUUCCUGGGAUGCAUCUGUACCUCUUGAAAUUCGGCAGAGCCGCUCCGGCCUCUUAAAAACUGAGCUUCAAAGCAGGGCACAAGAACACAAGAUCGAGCAACCUCCCGAUGUCAUGGACACUUCCGAAGAUGUUGCGGUACCGUUAAAACCAACCGAUUCAGGCAAACAAAAUGGCGAGAAAUCUGGGGCUCGGAAGAUCCCAAAAUGGCUAAAAUUGCCUGGGAAGAAAUAG